CCCCGACGGGGGGUAGGCCGGGCCGCUAGCUCGCCCGGGGUUGGGCUGGGCUGGUCGGGGCGGGCCGGCUCUGGGCGGCCGUGAUGGCUGAGCCUCCCGAGGCAGCGCCAGCUUCAGCUCCGGCUCCGGCUCCUGCCGCGGCGGCGCGGACCGAGGGCGCCGAGGAGCCCCCGCAGUCCCCGGCCGGCAGCAGCCCCGAGCCCAGCUCGCCCGAGCCCGCGCCCUUUUUCCUGCUGUACCCGGGCGAUGGCGGCGCGGGCCCGGGGGCGCGGUCCCUUCACCAGCCGCCCGUGCAGCCGCAGCCCCCGCCGUGGGGCUGGAGGACGCCGCCGUCCCCGGGCUCGCCGCUGCCCUUCCUGCUGCUGAGCUCUCCGGCGCCCGGCGGCACCAAGCCCCAUCCCAACUAUCUGAUGGCCAAUGAACGAAUGAACCUGAUGAACAUGGCCAAGCUGAGUAUAAAGGGGCUGAUCGAGUCAGCGCUGAACCUGGGAAGAACGCUGGACUCUGACUACGCGCCUCUCCAGCAGUUCUUUGUGGUCAUGGAGCACUGCCUGAAACAUGGCUUAAAAGCCAAGAAAACUUUUCUUGGGCAAAAUAAAUCCUUCUGGGGCCCACUGGAACUGGUGGAGAAGCUUGUUCCUGAAGCCGGAGAGAUAACCGCAAGUGUCAAAGAUCUUCCAGGCCUUAAGACACCUGUGGGCAGAGGGAGAGCCUGGCUCCGCUUGGCAUUGAUGCAGAAGAAGCUCUCAGAAUAUAUGAAAGCCUUGAUCAAUAAGAAGGAGCUUCUCAGUGAAUUCUAUGAGCCCAAUGCCCUGAUGAUGGAAGAGGAAGGGGCAAUCAUCGCUGGUUUGUUAGUGGGUCUGAAUGUCAUUGAUGCUAAUUUCUGCAUGAAAGGAGAAGAUUUGGACUCCCAGGUUGGAGUUAUAGAUUUUUCAAUGUAUCUCAAGGAUGGGAACAGCACUAAAGGUAGUGAAGGAGAUGGCCAAAUUACUGCUAUUUUGGAUCAGAAGAACUAUGUAGAAGAACUCAACAGACAUUUGAAUGCAACAGUCAACAACCUCCAGGCCAAAGUGGAUGCCUUAGAAAAGUCUAACACUAAGCUCACCGAGGAGCUGGCGGUUGCCAACAACAGGAUCAUCACACUGCAAGAAGAAAUGGAACGCGUCAAAGAGGAAAGUUCCUACAUAUUGGAAUCCAAUAGAAAGGUCAACAAGCAAGACAGAACUGCAGAUGGGCAGGCUCUGAGUGAAGCCAGAAAACAUUUAAAAGAGGAGACGCAAUUACGACUGGACGUGGAAAAGGAACUGGAGAUGCAGAUCAGCAUGAGGCAGGAGAUGGAGCUGGCCAUGAAGAUGCUCGAGAAGGAUGUGUGCGAGAAGCAAGAUGCCCUCGUCUCUCUGCGGCAGCAGCUGGAUGAUCUCAGGGCCCUCAAACAUGAGCUGUCUUUUAAGCUGCAGAGUUCAGAUUUGGGAGUCAAACAAAAAAGUGAAUUGAAUAGUCGCUUGGAGGAGAAGACCAAUCAGAUGGCUGCUACCAUUAAACAACUGGAACAGAGAUUGCGCCAGGCCGAGCGAGGCCGCCAGUCUGCUGAGGAAGACAACCGCCUUUUCAAGCAGGACUUUGGGGACAAGAUCAACAGUUUGCAGCUGGAAGUGGAGGCGCUCCUCAGGCAGCGGAGCCAGCUUGAGCUAGAGCUGAAACGGGAAAGAGAAAGAAGAUUACAGAACAGUCAACGUGCUCCAGAGAAAACCCCACCAAAGCCAGAACCCAAAAUGGACGGGAAGCAUAAAAUCCAAGAGGAAAAUGAUAAACUAAAAAAGCCCUUGGAAGAAGGCCACACAAUUCUCCCUACCAAACUGCAGCCUCACUCUGAUGAGCAGCAGAAUCAGCCACCCCUGCUGGGAAAGCCACAGAGAUGCCAGCUCUGCCAUGAGGACAGCAGCAUGACCAAGAACGUGUGCAAGAAUUGCGGAGGCACCUUCUGCGAGACCUGCUCAGCCAGCGAGCUGCCCCUCCCUUCCAGCAUCAACCCCGAGCGAGUCUGCAAUCCUUGUCAUGACCAGCUGUUGAAGCUGUACUCGGUCAGCCCAUCCUAAGGCUGGGGGACCAGAAUGGGGACAGAUCGCUUCAUCCUGGGCUUAAGGGGUCAGACGCUGGCACCAAAGGCCAAACCUUAGAAUCAGCCAGGAUUCGGGGAAGAAUAGAAAUCAUCUGAAGUCACAGGAGUCAGGCAGGGAUAGUAGGUGGUAGGAGUGCUCAGAACUGCCUUCCCUCCUUCCACAGUGAUGACAAAUAAAAGUUCAGUUGACCUUUGUGUCCUCUUCAGAGUGCCCUCCCUUCAAGAGUGUAUUUAUUGUAUGCAAUGGAUUUAGAUGGCCAGAUAGUUUUAGGAACAGGGGCAGAAUUACUUCCUGAAGGAAUUGUUCAAACCUUAAGAGAAAAAUAAUUUAGCAUGUACAACCAAGUUUCCUUUAGACGUGUUGAAUUGGCAGGCCCAAGGAAGAGCAAAUGAUAAAAGGUCAUUUUUUUCCACCAACAGAUGCUGAUGAGUUCAUGUUCCCAUCCCCUCUAAUCAUCUUUGUCAAACUGUGAACUGGAUCUCAGGGAUACUGGUUAUAGAUUCUGAAUGUAUUUAAUGCAAGGUGGCAAUUUCUUGAAUCUACUUUUAGCACCAAGAGGUUCCUGCUAUUGGCCUAAAUUCUUUCUGCUAGAAUAGUAAGAAAUUUAGAAAUAUGGCUACGUUUUAUUCCCCAAAUCCUUACCACAAGCACCCCACUGAAGUUACCCGUUGGUCAACAUCUAAAUUCCAAUAGGCCAAUCCCAUAGAAAGAGGAUGUUUGCUUCCAGUGUCCUCAACACCCCCUGUUGGGGUGGGAAUUAUAGGAAGUGCUUACACAGGUGGGGACUAUGGUUUUGAAAUAUUGCAUAUACCAUCAGACUGUUGGCUUUCCUUUUUUUAACCCGUGUUACAGAGGACUGCUUACUGGGGGUAAGAAAGGGAUCUAUUCAGAAACAGGUGAAAUGAAAAGGCAUCAAUUUAAAAACUGUAGGAAGGUCAGUACAAGAAUUUUAGCUUGAAUAUAGAGAACUGGUCUUGGUUAAACCAAGCAUAAAUUAAACCUGGAUUUCAUUCAUCCACAGCUAGUGAAUGGCCCUGAGAUGAUAGUGACUUUAAGCAAUUUUAACAGCUACUUUUUCUGGGUUGGGCCAGUGAUUUAGAAACACAAAACAUGUUUUAAUAGCAGAAGCAAGGGUUUGGUAUUAGUGUUCUUUAUUUGAUGGGUCACAUUGAGACAACCCUUGGUAGAAAGGAAAGGGAAGUAAGACAUGGAACGUUUUCUGUACAAAAAAAUCUCUCUGGCAGAAUUGUGAGACACAGUAUUCCAGUGAUCUCGCCCCACCUGUAGUCUAAGAAAUAGAACAUUCUCCUUGGACCUAAAACUCCUGAGAAAUAACUUAGUCCAGUGAUGAUUUUUUUUUCAAUGCCAUUUGCUAGAAAGGAUUUGGGGUCUGAGUAGAAGAAUAAGGUUAUUUUCUUAAGGAAUGUUGAGAAAAUCCCUCAGAAAAUGAAUAGGGCCACUGGGUAAGGUUGACAUUCAAGAUUACUGAGUGAUCCAGGUUUUUUUUCUCUUUUUGAUUAUUACUACUGAUUUUUUUUCUAUCUAGGCUUCUUAGGAAGUACAGGCUACUCCAAAAUGGCAAAGGUGUUUGGGAUCUGUCAGCUCUGAGGAGGAGGUAGUGAGUUCAUUGUUCAGGGUGUCUAUUCAGUGAAGUUUUGUUUUGAUUUUCAAAAAAAUAAAGCCUAUAUGGAAUCUGGGUGCUUGUUAUUAGUACGAUAAUUUAAAGAGAUGACGUGAUUACUAGUGUUAACUGCCUUUCUUUGAAAGAAUUAGGAACAUACAGAAAGGGAAACCAGCAGUUUAGUGGAGAUCCUGAAUUGAUUAAGGCCCUGAAGUGGGUAGCACAUCACCCCAAAGUUAGAUUAUUUACAAUAAAGAGAUGCUUUAAGAGGGGACUGACAUUUAUGAAACUUUUAGUUAACCAUAUUUAACGGGUGGCCUGCAUCCCUCCACAGGCCUACUACAGGGCCCAUUUUUUUGCAUAAGACAACCUGCUGCUGCCUCUGCUAAUCCAGGGUCUACGGAACCCAUUAAAACAAUCUUAUUAAAUAGACAGUUUAGGAGAAUGAAAAUUCCUGCUUUUAAUGCAGGAUGUAUGUAUGCAGAUGUAGUUGAUUUUGAGUUUCUAAGCUCUGAAAAGAAAAACUUUUUCUGAUCAUCUCUCUCCAGUUGAUUCUUAUAGGUGAAUUUCAUUUUUAUUCCUCACUACAUGCAAACCCAAGGCUUACUGAUGUCCCUAGCCCCGGCCACUAUUUUGAGUUUGUUUGGAACAUCAGAUUUGCACUGACUAAAUAAACUUUUUAAAAAUAAUAUUUUUUAACAAAUUAGCUUUGUUCCCUUUAGUCACUAAUCUGCCUGCUUGGGGACCCCAAAUCCAAAGAUUUCAAACGCUCGCAAUAUAAUAAAAGCAGCCUUUGUGAUCCCAGAAUAACAGACAAGUGUCUAAAGAAAGAGGAGUCUCUUCAGGUAUAUAUAGGAUGGGUUUUCAGGAAUGCUUUUAAGAAGUAGUGCCAGGCCAAAAAUAAUGCUGAGGCUAGCAUCACUGCAAAAACUUGUUAAGCAUAUUAAAAGAGGGGUGGGCCUGGCCCUUCAGUAUUCCAGUGUCAUGAGACUGCUUAUUACCCAAUCUUCCAGAGUGUGUUUCUUCACUUUGGGUCUAGUAACUCACCCAACUCAGGCUCGUUCAGAUCUCAGGACUCCCUCUCCCCCAGGGGUUCACUUAGUCUCUGGGUGGGCUUCAAGGGUGUUCCCUUGACUGGCUUGAAUUUGAAGGUUGCAGAACAGUUUUGUUCUUAAAUAAACUUAUUUGACGAUCACA